AUGGCCGACUUUAUCCACUCCGGCGGCCUUUGGUCAUGCAAUUCCGGUGUCUGUAUCGCUGCAACACCACCACCACCUCAAGCUAACAACACUUGCAGGAGAUCAAAGCGACCGAAAUCGCCAAAGCCUGCGAAACUGUCAGAUCACCCUGGAGGCUACCCCACCAACAAAUCACCAUCAUCCUUCCCAAGACAUCAUCCCACAUCUGCGGAAGACCUCGAUUCGACGGACAGCGACUCCGACCAAUAUGCUUUCGACUCAGACUCAGACGAGGACGACCCAGAGUGGAGUGGUGAACAGGACGAAAUCGAGACUGCUGUUCUUUCGUCUAUCCCAGAUCUCGAGCUAGCAGCGUUCCUGAUUGUAAAACUUCACGAAGAAAACACCGCAAUCAGGGGCAAAAAGAUCAACCGCUGGCAAAACAGCAUCAUCCAGUGCCACGGCUCUCAGCCUCCACAGAAUGAGUAUCAUCCUGUCGGACAGGCUAAUCUACACAACCCUCGAAAACGCCGGCGUGCAUCGAGAGAUUCGGAGCGCCAUGGCGACUCUGAAGACGGAGAUGGGGACGAACAGGACGGCGAUGAACCUGGACACGUUGAAAGAACCGGCGAGCCCCGCUCAGGGGCUAUUGUCAAGCUCCUCGCAUGCCCUUUUAACAAGGCAGAGCCAAACAAAUACACCGUCUGCAUCGAGACUCGGAACCAUUAUCGCGUCUGCACAUCGGGGUUCAAGACCAUUCAGCGAGUCAAGGAGCACAUUGAGAGGAAGCACUACCCGGUGCAAUGCGACCGCUGUUAUAUGAAGUUCGUCGGUCAAACCAAGGACCGUGCUCAGUGCCUAGCCGAUCUCGCUGCGCAUCGUCAACAGCCAGAAGGGUGCGCUGUUGGCGAUCCCAGGCAGAAAGAAGGAAUCAGCGACGAGCAAUGGGCAAAGUUGAAAUGGAACAGCGGCAAGAAACCGUCGAAGUCGAACAAUGUGGAGAAAUGGUGGGCCAACUGGGAUGUUCUCUUCCCAGGGAGGGAACGGCCAAAUCAUCCAUGUGAGCACGUCAAGGUUUUGUCGAGGAAGGCUGCGGUUAGUGGCUAA